GUAAACCGUUGGAAAUGUUGGAACGUUGAUAUACGCUUCUGACGAUUUCGGCUGGGGUCACUGAAGAGUGGUAUUCGCGUGAGCAAUGGCGCGAGCGCCUCGACGCGCUACGGGAACGACGUGUGUACGGUGUAGAUGAUACAUCGGAGCCCAAUCCGCGUGGUAUGUUGUUUACGUUGCGCGCGAGGAUCUAUCGUUCGUGUUACGACGGCGCAGUAUACAGCUCGAAGGAUCUUGAGCGCGAGCCUCGUCGUGAGCCGCCAUGAGACGCAUUAGCGUUGGCGGUAUGAGUCGGCCAUCCAAAGCCGUGACUCAAGCAAAGAAAGUAGCUCCACCAGCUGUACCAGAUGUGUUUCGACAUUCCGGUUCCUCUUUCGGCUCAGCUGGAUAUGCUAGCAGCGAGGAUAAUUGCUUCCUCUCUGGAAGCGGCCCCGGAGGUACGACAGACGAUGGUUCCUACGUGGUGCCAUCUGGAAAAAGUCCAGGACCUAUUUUCACACAUUCGGGCUUCACCUUUCCGCCGGUGAUUGGCAAGUAUGCCCACGCCGAAGAUCAAGGUAUUGAUAUGACCCAAAGUCCUGGUAGAGACAGUCCUGGUAGUUCCGGAUCAGGUUCCGGUUCUAGACAUUCCACGGCGUCAUUGGAUUUUCACUUAGGACUUAGAGGACCCGGUGCUCUUGCCUCGUCUCCUAGAUGCUCUAUUAGUUCACUCGGGAGUCAUCCUGACCGACCGACAGAUCUUGACGUCGUUCACGCUUGGUUAACUGAACUCCAAUUCGAGGAAUACUUUCCUUUGUUCGCUUCCGCAGGUUAUGACCUUGCAACUAUAACGCGUAUGACACCGGAGGAUCUCACGGCUAUAGGUAUCAAAAAACCUAAUCAUAGGAAACGACUAAAAGCGGAAAUAGAUAAUUUAAAUAUAGGAGAUGGUUUACCAGAACAUGUGCCUGGAUCGCUCGAAGAAUGGCUCAGGCUUCUCAGACUUGAGGAAUAUCUUGGUGCUCUUCAUCAACAGGGUAUGCGAUCCGUCGAAGACGUGACAACUCUCACUUGGGAGGAUCUUGAAGAUAUUGGUAUAGUACGGUUAGGACAUCAGAAAAAAUUAUUGUUAGCAAUUAAAAGAGUUAAAGAUAUUCGCGCUGGCAAGCGUAUACAACCACUUGAUCUUGCGCGCUUGCCGCCACAUCCUGGGCAUACGCAGGACGUUGUUAUUCAACGAAGUGGACCUGAUUUACCAUCACCUGAUGAAAAUUGUUCUUCGCCUGUACUUAGAUCUUUUCAAAGAGGUGGAAGCGAUACUACUUCUGAUGUUACUUGGAAAAGUAUGUACGCCGCGUUUCCAACUGAUUACAAUACAGUUGGCCGUACUAGCUCCCGAGGAAAAUCUUUGGAAAGUCUAGAGGAUGCGCCUCUUGGCUAUCCUCCAUCACCAGCUCCAACGUCGCAUCCACAAUCCCUCGAUUGGCGUCCACGCAGUUUUGAAGAUGGUGAUCUUACACCCACGAAUGAUGUUUCCGUUGUAGAUGCUGGUGGCGGCACUCUUCCACGACCAAGACAUUGUCUCGUUCGUCCACGACCUGUAGCCAAGGUCACUGCAACACCAGGUCAAUAUAAAUCCUUACCGAGAGACUUGAAUAACAAGUAUCAAUUAACAUAUGGACUCGAAAGUAGUCCACAUCUUCCAAAACGGUGUCCUCCAUCACCUCCAAGGCGACAAAACUCUCGAGAUACAACUAGUUCUUCCGUAAUCGCUGUUGGUGGCUCGGUGAUCGGUGAUGUCGUGAUAGACUGCAGCGGGCCGGUGCCAACCGCUUCAUGUGACGAUCAUCAUAUUCAUCAUCAUCAACAUUUGCUUCAUCAUCCAUCGCCGCCACCACCGGCGCCUAAGCCGGUGCCUACGUCAGCAUCUUCUACACCACCGCAAUUAAAUCGACCGUCUUCUUCCAUGUCACGUUCAUGGGGUAGCGUUAGCGUUAACAUUAACGAAGAACACGAGUUAAUUGCAUCUCUCGCCCUGCAACAUCGCAACGGAUCAGAUGCUAGUUUUAAAUCAAGUUCCAGUACAGAAUCAGAUUCGUUGCCGUUUGCCAAUGAGAAUGCCGGUACGAUAAAACAAAGGGCCAAUCGAGCACAAGAAUACAUAGCGGGUCCUAACAGUAGUAUAAGUGGUCAUAUAGUCAAUCAUCAUUCCAAUGGCGGAGAACCUGCGGAUGUUUUGAACGACAUUGGGAAUAUGCUUGCCAAUCUUACAGAUGAGCUCGAUGCAAUGCUCGAAGAAGAGAAACGCCAAGGCCUGAACUCAUAAUCGUCACUGCCUUCGUUUGCACUUUUCUAUCUAACUAAAGUUGCCAUAGAAAUGCAGGCUUUGAUACAUGAAAUAAAUAAACUUGAUUAGUGCAACGUGUACACAAUUAUAGAUACAAAUGAAUACAAUUCAUGACAAAAUAAACUGAUAGAAUCGUGUUGAGAAUCGAAUAUUUCGAAUUCUAAGAUCCACAAAGACGGAAAUAUUUACCAAUAUAAAUCUAUGUCUUCGUUGCGACAAAAAUAGAAUCUUUUAUUCCAAAAAGAAAAUAAAUUACGUCAUUCGAAACCGUCGAUGAAACUAUUCUGUUUCGUAUUGUACAGAUUAAUGAAUAUCCAAAAUACAUCUAUUUUCGCGUGGUUUAUGUUUUUGCUUCGAUUUUUUUUCGAUUAUUGGGACAGAAAUACUUUAUACUUCAGUAUAGAAACAUCUUGAAUGUGCCAGCAAAUUUCCAAACGCAGCUGUGGUAUUGCAUCUAAUACUGAUAUUGCACAAUCUUUUUUACUUCUUUUUGAAGUAAUUCUAUAAUCGUAUUCCUUUUUAUUAGCCUUUUUUUACAAUGGACAAUAUUACAAAUGAGUGAUAAUACAAUACGUAUUGCUCUAUUCUAUAUAAAUUAGAGCAAUCCAAAGUAUUCAAACAAAUAUGAGAUACUGACGUAGCAAGGAGAGGGGGAAGGGAAAAAAUUAUUAACAAAUAUAAAUAUAUUUGUAUAAUUAUAAUUUGUACUGCAGAUCGUAUUGCAAACAAUUCGAA